CUAGAAUUUUCGAAUGUAAUACUUACUAACACUUCUUUUUUUUUCUUUAGUCCUAGGAUAAUAAGUGCCAGAGGAGAAUGGAGUUUUAAUAUUGAACGAUUAAAAUUUCGAAUAUGUUUUGAAGAAAUACGAAUUUGUAUUAGUGGAUUUCUAUGCACAUUGGUGUGGACAUUGGUAUAAAUGAUAAAUAAAUAUAGCCAUCAUUUAGCUCCAGUAUUUGCUUCUGCUGCAAGAUAAGUUAGGAAUCAAAAUGUUUAAUUUGCAAAAGUAAUUAACAUUGUAAAAUUUAAGAUCAAUUGUCCAUAAUAUGAACAUUUAUGUAGAAGAUUUUAAGUAAAUGGGUUCCCAACAUUAAAAUUAUUUGGAGAUGGUUAACUAAUGAUGGAAUAUCAAGGAGAUAGAACAGAAAAAGCAAUUGUUGAUUGGAUGAGAAAAAAAACAAGUAAUCAUAAAUUUAAUUGUAUACUUUUUUAGAUAAAGGUUCUGUAGAAGCCAAAUCAUUAGAUUAAUUAAAGAAAAUAUCAGAAUCUCCUAAUUUAGUUAUGGUGUUCUUUGGAGAAUAAAAAGAAUCAUAUGAAUUUAUGUAAUAUUUUUAAUUCUCACAGUAAUUACUAAUAUUUUAUUUUUCAGAAAGAAUAAACAUAUUCCAGCUAUGCAUACAUUUAAUUAAAAUUAUGCUAAUGAAAUGAGAGUUUAAGUACCAAGCAUUGUUAUUUAUAAACCAUAUGAUGAAAGAAAAGCUUCCAUAACAGAUAAUUUUGAAAUUUCUUAUAUAGAAUAAUUUAUAAAAAAACAUUCAUAUCCAGUUUUAAUGAACUUUGACAUUUAAGUAAGAAUUAAUAAAUAAAAUUAUUAGACAGCUAAAAGAAUAUUUAAAGGAGAUUAACCAACACUUUUCUUAUUAUAAAAUUCAUAUACAAAUCAAGCUGAGAAGUAGUUAAGAUUAGCCUUAUCAAAAAUUAAAGAUUAGAUUCUUAUUUGCAUUGCUAAUACAGAUAAUAAAUAUGGUGUGAGAUUGAUGUAAUAUUUUGGAAUUUAAAAUGGUAAAUUUAAUGUUUAUCAUAUAGAUUAUCUUCCAUAAAUUGUGGCAUUUAAUCCAAUAUCUGAAUCAUUUAAUUUGUUGAGUGAAAUUACAAAAGAUGGAAUCAUAAAUUUUACACAAUCAUUCCUAGGACUUCAUUAGAAUCCAUAAAAACAAGACUUAUGAAAUAUUAAUUUAUUAUGUAUUUAAUAUGUGUCG